AUGAAUAGUGCUAUAGACAAAUUGAAGAUAAGGCAUGUAAGACAUGAGUUAGCGUAUGAACGUCGACAAAUAGCACAGCAACUGAUGGUACCCUAACAAUGACACCACAGGAAGCCAUAGUUAUUGCAACUACGUUCUAUAACGACCUCUACAAAUCACGUGAUGGUCCCUUCGUCUUAUCAGCGAACGGUUCUCUGACGCCCGAUAACAGCAGAGGAGCUUCGUAAUGCAUGUAGGAGGAUUCGCAGAAACACUGCACCGGGAGCUGACGGAAUCCCAUCUGGAGUGACGAAGCAUCUGGUACCUCUAUGCGCGGAAGGCCUUGCGAAUGUAUUAAACCACCAUUUCGAGGUUGAUGAAAUUCCAGAAAGUUUCAUGGAGGCAAAGACGAUCCUCCUCUAUAAAAAAAGGCGAUCUUCUGAAUAUCAGUAA